AUGGCUGAGCUCCCAUCGAUCGUGCACCUCACCUCGCACCCCAGCAACCUGAGUUUUCGUGGGCCCUCGGUUUAUGAGGACGAGAACCAGCGCACAUGGCUGCAUCUCUUCACAGACAUAGGAGAUCACCUUCAAGUACAGUUGUGCCAGGUCGAUUACCCCAGUGAGCCUAACCGACUCCCCACCAGCCCACUGACCUCCAGCAACAUGCCUAUGUGGUGGACGAUCCACCUUCACAGCAGGUACCUGGACUCCAUGGACCGAUUUUGGUGCAUCGUGCACCACAUCAAGAAGGAUGGCAUGGAGGAAAUGAUCCUUGAGCUGAUGGAAGACUCUUAG